CGGAAGGACUGGAGAGCGAGAGUGACUGCAGUCGGUGCGGGACGGCAAGGCCGGACGGACCGGGGCGGGAACGGGUUCCGGUUCAAGCGGAGAGCCGUUGGCAGCUGAGAAUUUCGGACCGUUGGCGGCGGAGAUUCUGCAGACGUUGAGUUAAGGGAACUAUCAGCAAUGGCAACAGCCGAUCUAUUAGUGGAUUUACAGGAUGAUCUGGUGUCUGAUGAUGCUCCCAAUACACUUGGAAAACUCAAACUUUCUCCACUGGAUGACAAGCCCUGGCCAGCAGAAAAUGAUGACGAUGAAGAUUUAAAGUCAGACAAAGAGUGCACACCUGAGGUUGUUGAUCCUCCUCCGAAUCUGAAGUGGGAUGAUCCAUUCUAUGACAUUGCAAGACGUCAAAUUGUGGAGGUAGCAGGAGAUGAUAACUAUGGUAGGAAGGUGAUUGUGUUCAGUGCUUGUCGGAUGCCUCCCAGUCACCAGUUGGACCACACAAAACUGCUUCAAUACCUGAAGCACACACUGGAUAAAUACGUUGAGAGCGACUACUCAGUUGUAUACUUUCAUUACGGACUCACCAGUCAGAAUAAACCUUCAUUCAGCUGGUUGCUAGAAGCCUACAGGGAGUUUGACAGGAAGUACAAGAAGAACAUAAAAGCUCUCUACAUUGUCCACCCCACCAGGUUCAUCAAGGCACUCCUUGUCGUCUUCAAACCCAUAAUCAGCAUGAAGUUUGGCAGGAAAAUCUUGUACAUGAAUCAUUUGGGCGAACUUGAACAUUUCUUGAAAUGUGAUCGAAUGGUGAUCCCAGGAUGCGUGAAGAAGUUUGAUGAGACUAUCCGUGCAGCACAGAAACCUGUCCCACCAGUGCAAACAAAGCAACUGCCUCACCAACAGUUUGGUAUCGAUCUUCCAACGCUCAGAGCAAAAGAUCCUGAAAAGAGGGCCAUCCCACUAGUAAUGGAGCAGACAGUCACUUACAUCAAGGAGCAUGGUCUAAACAAAGAAGGGAUAUUCCGCAGAUCAGCUAACGUGUGCUUGGUAAGGGAAAUCUUGGAUAAAUACAACAAUGGUGUUCCUGUGGAUUUUGCAGUCUAUGGUGAUGUGCACUUGGUGGCAGUUAUGCUGAAGACCUUUCUUCGCGAAUUACCUGAACCUCUGCUGACCUAUGACCUGUAUGACCAAGUGGUUUCAUUUGGGAAAGUGCCAGUAAGUAACCAAGCAGAAACCAUCGCUAAGAUGAUUCAGACACUGCCUGAGGAUAACUUUGUGGUGCUGCAAUACUUGCUGAACUUCCUGCGCUUGGUUGCUGACAACAGUGAACUGAAUAAAAUGACGCCAUCCAAUCUGGCUCUGGUGUUUGGGCCCACACUCAUGUGGGCAAAGAAUGCUGCAAUGUCACUCAGUGCCAUCAACCCUAUUAAUUACUUUGCUCAAUCACUCUUGGAAAAUUAUAGUGAGAUAUUUUCAGCCAGUUCUGAAAAAGCUUUAAUGUCUUAAGCCACUGGAGUCAAAAAAUCAGGUUUCUCUUCUAUAAACUUUAAUGACAAAUGUACCCGUGUGCCGCACCGCACAAGAGAGAAAUUAAAGGUGCACCCUUUCAGUCAGGGUUGGGGAUUGCAUGUCUUUAUACUGCUCUGAGUGGAGUGUGUGUGCAGUAUAACUCUCCAUAAACCCGGGGCUGGAUUCCCUGGCUAUAUUCAUUCAUUUAUAUGCCUAAGAAUCAGUGUGUUGGGAAUGCAGUUGGAGUGCUUGAUUUUGUUUUCCAUUGUACCUGUGCCUGAGUUCUCCUGUUUUAACUUUUGUAUGUUUCUCUUUCCCACCCCCUUCAGUACUUUAAGCUUUUUAACAAAUUUUUAAAAAUAAUGGGAAGUUUAUAACUAAUUUCUAUUGUCCGCAUAUUUCUAUGCUGAUCAUUUUGAAACUGAUCGCUUUGUGGGUAAUAUUCAUUCUGCAUCACCCUCCUGCUUUUUUUUUUAAUAUGUUGUGCAAUUGUUACUGUGCCACUCUUAAAUAUUCUUGAUUCCUUUGUCCGAGCAAAAUAAUGUUUCUUGUAACUGUUUUGUGGUGGUACGCGUCAUUUUGCCAACUCUGCAGGGUAUGGGGUUUGAAACAGUUUUGUAUCUUUUGCAUAGUCUUUGCUGGUCCAUUCAGGGAGAGGACAAUCUAUUCCUGUAACUAGAUUGCAGAUGUAACUUUAUUCUGAGGUGCAUGGUGGCUCGUCUAGAAAUAGGUCAAAGGAAAAUGUCAAUGUGAAAAGAGUUUGCUUGAUCAAUGCUUAAAGUUUUAAUAUUAUAGUGGAUUUGUAUUGUUUUAAUUGGUUUAACUUUGCUCAAUCUGAAGAGGGAGCCUGUUCUUCACCUUUCCAUCAUGAUAGGAACUGGCUUGACCAGACCAGGUGAGAUGAGCAAAAGGGAGUUCAUGUUGUCAAAGUGCUGUCAUUCCCUUGGGAUGUUUCUGAGUGUCAUGUGUUUUUAUCUGUGGUGUUAACUCUGCUCCAUCUGCUGUCAGGUCUCUUUUUUUAAUAAAUGGCCUGAAAUGUUCCCAAACUGGGACCCCAUUAUUUCCAUUUAAUUGGCAUAUCGCAAUAAAUAGGAAAUUUAUUUUAAAAAAGCCUUAUUUGAAAGGUUAGAAUCUAGCUAUGUGGUAGUGAGUGGCUAUGUGUGUUCUAUAUUGUAGGAUGUGACACUGAUUGUACUCCUUCAAUGACACAGUACUACAGAUGUGAAAUUACCUGGGAAUACAUGUUCUCACAAUAAUGUCUUUGGUGUUUAUUGUUUUAAAAAGAGAAAAAAACAUGAAUCAUAAUUGUCUUUAAUCAGUCCUUGAUAGUGAGCUUAUCUUUUUAAAUAUUGUGCAUUUUAUUGACUUUCAUUUCUGGCCUAGUUGGUAAACUGUGGUGCUUUGUUCAAAUUCAUUCAAGGUAUGCAACCCAGCAUUUUAUCCAGGAAAGACUUUCUCAAAUAUAAUGUGAAUUGGCUGCUAUUAUGGCAUUAAGUAAUCAUUGGCCUCUUUAUGCAAUAUAGUAUAUCAGUUCUACAGAAAGUCACAUCUUGCAGUAAAUGUUUUUGUAAAACAUUGAGGGGGAGAGAGAAGUAUAUCAUAACUCGCAGCUUGAUAAGGCAGGACCCGAGAUGUAUUUGGAUCCUCAAGCAGUGGAGGAUUAGGCUGGACAAAUUUCUGGCUCUCAUUUUGAAAAAAAAUCUCAAGGUUUAAUAGUCUGGGUUUACUGCCUUAAUAUUCUCAAUAUCGUGUGACUAUAAUUUUUUUGGAGGAGGCAGGGGGGAUGAUUUUUUUUUUUGAUGCAUUUUGAAUUAACUUGACAGUAACAGUGGGAUCUUAGUGGUCUCUGUCCAGUUCACCAUGUCCUUUCCUGAGAUGUUUGCUCUUGGAUCAAUGCUCACAGACAACUGGCUCAAGUGGACAUUUUUUGUGUUGGUUUGGACAAUAAAUUGUGGAUGACUGUUGGAAUGAGGUGACAUCACAGUGCUAGAUACCCAAGCAUGUUUACUAGUGAAGGUUUAUGGUGCUUAGAAGUGGGAAGAUGAUGACUUCCCCUCAGGUGAAGUUAGUCAUAUAAAAACAAUAGUUAAAACACCUAGUUGUAAGGAAAUCUAGGAGUGAUUUUUUUUUUGUCUUUUAACUUCAUGUAGUUGCUAUUGCUUCACCAACCCAUUCUGAGUUUGAUGACAAUUUUAAAUGAACCACUUUGUGUAAUAUGUAAACAUUCUCCUGGAUUUGUGAUAUCCUUGCAAGACAUCCUCAGGUCUCCCAAUGAUAGGGUUUUAAACUCCACAUUAUCUUCAGACGUUGCCAUGUUCUGCACCCUCUGGAAUCAGUACAUGAGAACUGAAAAGGGAAAUAAAGUAUUUAGCAGGGAAUUAGUAGUGCUCAAAUUUCCUCACAUUAGUACAGUGCUCGACUUUUGUCACUGGUUAUUUAAUUACUCCCCAUAAAGUCUUUAUCACCUUGACGUGACUCAGGGAUAUCAAUUGCCAAUCAAUGAAAUGGAGGCUUCCUGUCUGAACCUUUGCCAUGUGUAAGACAAUCUUCUUUGAAGUAAAUUCCAGUCAAUCAUAAUCAUCCCAUAAUGGAAAGGUACAUACAGGAAAUGGCCAUCAUAUUUUUUUUGUCACUGCUACCUUUCAGGGACCAGAGAGCAUUUCCAGUGUCAAACCAUCUCCUGAUGCCAUUGUCAAUCUUGACAAAACAAUGGCUUGAUCAAGCUUAAGCCUGUAUUUGGUUCAUUCUUCUUUGGGGAAUUUGCAGUUUGAUGUUUUGUUGUCCUUGUUUGUUCAAAAUUACAGUCAUUUGUCUCCA